AUUAGCGCUGACAUCAGCCUUAAAAGUCCCAGCUUUGGGCGUGGAGGCGCAACGCAAGACGCGGCUUGAUCGACCCGGUGUCUCGCUCGCAACAGCUCCUGCGACGCCCCGGUGGGAAGGUCUGUGUGUCUUAGCUCUCUCUAGCCUUUCGAGGUACACAAAAAAAACCCCACAGCCGCCAUGGCAAACAGAGGCCCCUCUUACGGACUCAGCAGGGAGGUUCAGAACAAAAUCGACAAGCAGUACGACGACGAACUGGAGCAGAUUUUAAUCCAGUGGAUCGUUGCCCAGUGUGGGCCAGAAGUCGGGCAACCGCAGCCGGGCAAGAAGAACUUCCAAGAGUGGCUGAAAGAUGGAACGGUGUUAUGCCACCUCAUCAACAGCCUUUGCCCCAAGGGACAGAAGCUGGUGGCCAAGAUCCAGAGUUCCAGUAUGGCUUUCAAGCAGAUGGAGCAGAUUUCCCAGUUCUUGCGUGCAGCCGAGCAGUAUGGCAUCCAGGCUACAGACAUAUUCCAGACGGUGGACCUCUGGGAAGCUAAACACAUGGCCAGCGUGCAGAGAACCUUGAUGAACCUGGGAGGCUUGGCGGUCUCUAAAGGAGACGGCCUCUUCGUGGGGGACCCCAACUGGUUUCCUAAGAAGUCCCAGGAGAACCGCCGUGCCUUCCCGGAGGACAAGCUCAAGGAGGGGCAGAGCGUCAUCGGCCUGCAGAUGGGCACCAACCGGGGAGCCUCGCAAGCAGGCAUGACGGGCUAUGGCAUGCCACGCCAGAUCCUUUGAGCCGGUCUGCUCCACCAAGUGAUGGCUCCUUGCUUCCCAACACCUAAUAUCCCCAAGAAUAUCUCUCUCUCUGUCUCUCUGCCAAUUGUGCUACCACGAGAAGCCUUAAAGGCAGGCCAGGAGGAGAUGGGCCUUCUGGUGCCCACUUUCCCCCAGUGCCAGCCCUGGUCUGUAACCUCCUCUCCUUUUUACUGCCCCCCCUUUUUUUACCCAUAUUUUUCCUCUGUUCCGCCUCUUAAGCACACACAACUGGAGUAAGUACACUUUCUUUCCUUCUCCCUAUCUACUCUUGAUCUCAUUUCUCAAGAGCGCUUUAACCCAUCCCCCCC